ACUAAGAUACCAAUUUAUUUUGUGGUCAACGUUCGCAUUUUGCCAUUUUAGGACUUCAUAACAAAGCUUAGUUCAAUUUGAGAAAAGAUGACGAAACUGCAUCUAAGUGUCUUUGUAUUUGCUGUGCUUUUUGUUGGAUUUCUGAAGUCUGAGGAUUGUACGGUAAGCAGCGGCUGUAUAGACACGGUGUGUAACCACCAAACCAACUUAGAAUGUGUUCACGGCAUCUGUACUUGUUCACCACCACCCUACGACCAACGAUGUUUGGAGAAAGGUGAUUGUGAUAGACAUAUCUAUGACUGCCCCACAGACUGGAGAUGCAUCAAUCAAAAAUGUAGAUGUGGCAAUUAAAGGU